AUGCAAAAAAAUCAGGAAACGAAAAAUCAACCACAACCCCACCAACAACAAUCACAAUCAGCACCACAACGUGUGGUCUCUGUACUGGUUAAUAAAACAAUUAAUUCGGUUCUCAAAAGCAGUCGAAAAAUUAUCGUUCGAGUUUGCGAAGUUGCAAAUGUAAAGAAGCAAUUUAAAAUGUUUCAAAUGUAUUCUCAUAUGCAACGUCGUUAUAACGAAACUGAUGAGAAAAAAGAGCCGGAAACUACGGGUCAUGAUCGAUUUUAUCAGGAAAGAACGAGAUCUUCGUAUCGUAAGAAGAAACGAAAGCACGUACGACGUACACAAUCACAAACUGAGUUCGAAACACGUACGGCUACAGCAGCUAAUAAAAGGCAUUUAUUUAGAGGUCGUUCUGUAAGUUCUGAACAAGAUAAUUCAGAAUCGGAACAUUCAGAAAAAUCACCACUUGUUAGCACUAAAUCGUUGGCAAAACUUUUAUUCAAUAGAAGCUUGAGUACACAAGACAACGGAUUGAAUAGGGAUAGUGAUUCACCAACGAGGAGCAAUAUAAAGUAUCAAUAUUCCGCGAUACUGGAUAGUGGAAUUGGAGCGACAGAUCGGAGUCCACGAGAACGUGCAGCACGAGACAGAGCAUUUACGGCAUGCACAGAAUGGCUAAUAAGCUCCGGUGGACGAUACGAAGCUAUUGCCCAUUUAGAUGAUAUUGGUUCACGUUCUAACAAGCAUUGGUUUUUGCUCAACGAUAGUACGAUUAAAACAGAUCGGUUAAUGACAUUACUUCCCUUACCUUCCAAUUGCGUUGCCUUAGAGGAACUGCCAACAUCAGAAUGUCCACAAGGCGUUCUCAUGGAGCUUCUUGGAUCACUACAACAUCCAUACAUAUAUCCAAUAUUAGAUUUAGGAUUUUAUGAUACUAAAUUACAUCAUUAUGCAUGUUUAGUUACGCCAUUUAAUCCACGUGGUAGUCUCAAGGAUCUCAUUUACAAAAGUCAAUGGAAUGAACCAUAUACUAGAAAGUACACGAAAAAAUCUUGCGGCUUGCCGAUGUCACAAGUACAAAGAUUAGGUCGUCAAAUAUUAGAGGCAUUACUCUUUCUUCGAGAUCGUGGCAUACCAUCGCAUGGACAUUUACAUAGUGGAAACGUUAUACUACAAAAUGGUGUUGCAAGAUUAUCAGGCUUGGAAAAUAAUUUAUUAGGAUUGAGUUCACGCGUUAAUUCCGUGCUGUGGUCUCGUUCGUCCACCGAAAUUGAAAGCAUUGACGUAAUCUGCUUUGGACAUUUGUUAUUUGAAAUGUGUGCUGGAUAUGAAUUACCAGAAUCAUCACCAACACGUGCACAUCUACAGAUUGAUCUUGAACGAUACCCACAGGUGGUUGAAAUCAUGCAAAUGAUAUUUGAUUCAUCUGGUAACUAUCCAUCACUAGAGGAGUUAGUGCUUUGCGAUUUAUUCCGCAAUAUAGAUUUACGAGAAAUGCGAGGAAUAUUCGUGCCUUCAUUUAAACACAGCAUGAGCAAUUCUACCAUGAGUCUGCUGAAUGCAGUUAGAAAGCGUCAUUCAACCAUGCAAGGUUCGUUUUCUGAAGGCAGCAGUCCAUGCACGCCCCCAUCUACACCGCAUCGUCAUGGAAGAGAUGAAGACUUAACGAUGAGUGAAUCAGAUCAUAAUCUCGAUGAGAUUGUUGUAACAACAUUAAGCACUCAAAUAUCUCCUAUUCAUUAUUGUGAUAAUGGUGAACCAUCGAUAUCGUCAUCAUCUAACAUCACAAGUACCUCUCACAAGCAUCAGUUGUCGAUUGAUGAAAAGGGGACUGUUAUAAGAAUAAGUAGCUUUGAGGAAGGAAUAGCAUCGUCAUCAAUAUCAUCAACAUCAUCGCAGCAACAGCCGAACUUAUUGCAAAAACAAUCAAGCCAAACGCAAUGUAAUCAAUCUUCGUCAUCAUUAGAUCCAUCCUCUGCAUAUAAGACCACAAAGACUCGGCGAACUGAAUAUUCAAUGCGUGGCAUAAAGAUUGGUUGCAGUAAUCCAUCACAAGAUUCUGCAUUCGGAAGCAUGACUGAUGGUGAAUUAUCACGAGCGUCUAGCUUUAAAUUGAGUAGUUUUCAGUCCGUUUCUUCGCCGAUCGAUGAAGGCGUUGAAGAUGAUGCUAAGAUGCACCAUCAUCAUCUUUAUGAUGGAAAUAGUUUAUGUAAAGUAUGCGGCAGUAGUAAUUUUAAAUUUAUUGAUUCAAACAGCUCAGCAUGUUCUUCUCCGUGCCAUCCUUUUGAUAAUUUUACACAAUCACUUAAUGAUCUCAAUGUUCCUGGACCAUCAUCAAUAUCCCAUCAUCAUAUAAAUCCAUUACAUGGGACUAAUAUUAAAGAGACAUGUAUCUAUUUAGAUCCACCGAAAUUAAUCGUUAAUGAUCAUUCAACUGGAAAUUAUAUCUACACUUCAUCUCCAAUACGUAAAUGUGCAACGACUCAAGAGGUAUUUUCUCAAAAAUAUCGAGUAUCGUCAUUUGAGGAUAUGACAGCAUCGCAUCAUCACUUAAAGAACCAAGUUAAUACCAAGCAAUUUAGAUCAUUUGAAGAGGAGCAACGAAUUGAAUCCGCAUUUACGCCUAUAAUAGUAACAACAUCCUUAUCAUGUGAUAUUGAAAAAUAUAAAGUAAUAAAAAGUGCAAAUACAUCACCAAUAAAAUUGCAGCAUUUUACAUCAACAAUGACAGGAAAGGAGAGGAGUACACUUUGGAAAGAUAGCUUUUUAAAAUGCAAUAAAAAUAAUCUUACGAUAAAGUCAAAUGAGUCAAUUUACGAAAUGAUAGAAUGCCAGAAGAAUGACGAAGAAUACGAUGAAGAUGAUAAAAAUGAUACUAUGAAUAGUUCUCAAUUAAACGAAGAAUCUAGUCUUAGUUUAUCACUUGAAGUUUCAUCCCCGGCAACAACAACACAUUCAUCAAGACGGAUGCGUUCAGAUCGAUUAUUUUUCUCAUUAGCAAAAUUCAAACAAAAUGCAAUAAUUGAACUCGACACACUGUCUGAUAUUGGAAGUAGUGCUGCAAAACAAUUAUCACAGUCAUGCUCAUCAAAUGAUGAUGAAUCCAAUAUUGAUAACACGACAAUUACAUCCACAACAAAUGAUGAGUGUAAUAGUGAUGAGGAAUGUAGCAGCUUGACCGAAUCAUUGCUCAAAACAUCAUCUCAUGAAGAAGAUUUUAAGAGAUUUGUGAAAAGCUUUGACUCCGAAGAUAAUUCAAAUUCAACAUGUAAUGGCGAAGAGAAAACACCGUUGCUGGAUGGAAUAGAACUCCUAUCAAUGACUUCAUCAACUGAUCCUGAGUAAUAUUUUUUUUAUGUAAAAAUUAGUAAAAUAAUUAUUAUUGUGAUAAUUCUGAAAAAUUGACCUUUUUAAUAUUUUUAUUGCUUUAAAAAUUAUAUUUUGUCCCAAUAAAAUUGAAAUUCUAAUAUGUAGGCUUUAGGCAUUUUUUUAGAUAUAUUCGUAAAAAAUACUAGAUAUAAUGUUGUAAAAAAUUAGAGAACCUUCCUAGAUAGUGUCUUCACAUCAUUAAAAGCUCUCUAUCCUUUAACAAUCUAAUCCAAAAUCGCCUUCAAAUAAAUAAACUAUAAAUACAUUUAUAAUGAUAAUAAAAAUUUAAUUUCAGAAGUGAAAAAUCUUUGAAAAUCGAUAAAACACAAAUGAAAAAAAAAAUCAUAAAACUUUUUAAUAAUACAAUAGAUGAAGGAAAAUAUAAAAGAUUGCUUUAUUACCUUUUAAAGUAGCAAUAAUAAUAACAAAAGCAGAGUAUAAUUCUAUUAAAGAUGAAAAGAAUAUGUUGCUAAAAGCUUUUUAAUUGUUCUGACAUUUCGAAAACCUUCAUGAUAAGAAAACUUUAGAAACUUUUUUCAAUAAAUUAAUUUUUUUGUUUCGUUCAAUCUUUUUAAAAGUCUAUUGAAAAAUUAAAAGAAAUGUUCCCUUUAAAAAUUAAAUUUUAAUUUUCAGAUGAACAUAUAUGUCGUACAUUAUUGAGUCCAAAAA